AAAGGAGCUGAUCAUGAAGAGACUCAGAAGUUUGGUGGCAACAAUCUUGGCUCUUUCCUUAGUGUUUUCUUUCUUGGGAAAUUCCAGGAGUGCGCCACAGGGACUCUUUGAGAGACGGAACUGGACUCCUCAAUCUAUGCUCUAUCUGAAGGGUGCACAGGGGCGUCGCUUCAUCUCGGACCAGAGCCGGAAGAAGGACCUCUCCGACCGCCCGCCGCCGGAAAGACGCAGCCCAAAUCCCCAGCUACUAACUCUCGGAGAGGCAGCAGCUCUGCUCUUGGCUUCCUUGCAGAAACCACAAGAAGCUGGAGAAGAAAACUUUGAUCAAACCAGAGUCCUAGAAGAUAGUUUACUAAACUGGUGAAAGUAGACCAAGUUAUAUUUAAAUACAUUUCCAUUCUUGUUGAAAACAUGAACCAUGUAAAUAAAGCCCUUGCACCCUUUUUACUUCAGUUGUAAUGUUAGGAACAUGCAUAACCAAUUUUAUCCUUUCCAGAAGCAAAGGAAUGUAGGGUUCUUAGCUGGAAACAUCAUGGCCUUCUUUCAGGGCUUCAGGUCCUGUGUAGGUCACCAUAUAUCUUACUCCCAUUUGUAAUUAUAAGACUGGAGACUCUUUAGAGUGUGUUUUCUAUUUGUUACAAGUAUCUGCCUUGAACUAGUGAGUCUUAAUUGUUGGAUUUUUCAUUCCUUUACCCUUGCAUUGUCCUGCACUCAGCUGCAAACCUCCCUCUCUUUUUCUACCCGCCCCCCCCCCCCCCCCCAGUCUCCAUGGGGGUUGAGGGGAAAAGCAAGGCUGGAGGGAAAGAGCAGAGUGUAUUCUCUUAGUUCAUUUUUUUAGAGUAAGUUGUUAAGAAGCGAAGGGGAAGGGAGGUGGGACUAGGAAGAAGCCCGUGAUAAGAACACUUCACUGUAGUUGCUGAAAGGGGGGGAGGGGGGACCUGUUAGGCCAGUAGAAGGUUCCGUAGUGGGGAUCUCCCCUUUGUGCUCUUUGGGGAUCUCCGUGAAUUCAAGGAGUUACUGAGAAAUAAGCAGAUGGAGACGCACUCUGCUCCUGGGUACACUGUAUAAAAGGAACAAACCAGUUUUUCAGAGGUAACUCUUGUUCCACAGCUAAACGACUCAAAGACUCUGCUUCUUGUAAUUGACGAGAACUCUAGGCUUUAUUUUACAUUAAAACAUUAUAUAAAGGCACCCUGAUAACAUCAGUACACGGUGAUAUGCCUCAUCUGCUCCUUCUGAAAACUUUUAAAACUAUCUG